AUGGCUGCGUCGCAACGGAUGGGGGCCGCGGCAGUGCAGAUGCGUCGGGACGAUGGGCGACGGCGUCGACGAAAGAUUCGACAGUGGUCGGUGGGCGACGGCGUCAAAAAUGUGGACGAUCAUCAACUCAUCAGGAAGGUUGUGAAUGAUGUAUUGAAAAUGCGUAUACUAAAGCAUCCCAUACUGCCAACAGACCUGGUUGGAAUUGAAGAAAUCCGUAAGAUUGUUAAAGUCAACAUGAAGCAACACCGAGUAAUUGGAAUUUGGGGUAUGCGUGGGAUAGGGAAGACAACCAUCGCUAAAAUGUUAUUUGCAAAAUCCUUUCCUCAUUAUGACCAUGUUUGCUAUGCGGAAAAUGCAAAAGAGUAUACGCCUCAAAGGCUUCUGUCGGAGCUAUUGAGGGAACGAAUUACCAUUGACGCAACAGGGUUUGUCAACAGUAUGAGCAGCCUUAGCAAUAAGAAAGUUCUCAUUAUCCUCGACAAUGUGAAGGAUUCUGAUCAACCAUUGUUAGAAGCAGUUUGCCAAGGGUACAAGAGCCACAGUCGAGAAAGUAAACUUAUUAUAACAACAACACAUAAGCAUUUGCUUGAAAAGAGAGUUGAUUGGAUAUUUGAGGUCAAACAAUGGGACGACUCAAAAUCUAUAGAGCUUCUUAGCCUGAAAGCUUUCGAGGAAACCAUCCCUCCAAAGGAUUAUGAGAUUCUGGUGAAUAAGAUCGUUAAGUAUGCCGGGGGAAUUCCUUUAGCUCUGAACCUAUUGGGUUCAUAUCUUCGAUCCAGAAGCAUUGAGUUCUGGGAAAGUACUUUGGAAAAGCUCCAGAAGCAUCCUAUUAAGCGCAUUCAGGCUGCCUUUACGGAGAGUUAUGAUGAAUUGGACGACUUAGACAAGGAGAUAUUUCUUGACAUUGCAUUCUUUUUCCAUGGAGAAAAGAAAGAUCUUGUCACAAGCAUAUUAAAAGCAUGUGAAUUCUCACCCAGAAGGGGAAUAGAGAUCCUUCAAGAUAAAGCAAUGAUUACUACUCUUCCAUAUAAGGAAACAAUCGAAAUGCAUGGCUUGCUAAGAGAAAUGUCUUACGAGAUCGUACACGAGGAAAACAGUAAAGACCCUAGAAAACGUAGCCGAUUGAAGGAUACUAAAGAGAAGACAUUUGUGUUGUACUCAAAGAGAACAAGCUUAGUUUACUUUUUUGGUUGCAUUGUUUUUCAGAAACCGCUUGAUGCAAUUGAAGGCAUAAUAUUAGAUUUGUCUCAAAUUAAAGACUUGCGUUUGAGUCCUGACACAUUUAAAAGGAUGAAUAACUUGAGAUUUCUAAAAUUAUACAUCCCCUCGGGUCAGAGUUCUGGUAAUAUGAUCCUUCCUACAGACCUUGAACCAUUUUCUGAUAAACUAAGGUACUUUGAGUGGCAUCAGUACCCUUUCAUUUCUCUUCCACCAAGUUUUUAUGCUAAGUUACUUGUUGAGAUUCGCAUGCCGCACAGCCAUGUCAAGAAACUCUGGGAGGAAAAGCAGGAACUUAAUAAUUUAGAAGGAAUCGACUUAAGUGAAUGCAAAGAGUUAGAAGAGCUUCCAGAUUUGUCUGGGGCUAAAAGACUCAGAUGGGUGAAUCUCUCCGGUUGUGAGACUUUGCCUAUUCUUCAUUCAUCUGUAUUUUCCUCCAACACACUUGUUUCUUUGAUACUGGAUCGGUGUACGAAUUUGCAGUGUGUUAAGGCCGAAAGGCAUUUGAAUUCUCUGCAGCACAUAAGUGUCAAAGGCUGCUCAAAUCUCAAAGAAUUUGUGGUAUCGUCAGAUUUAAUUGAAAACUUGGAUUUGAGCAACACAAAGGUUGAAAAGCUGGACAAAUCAAUCGAGAAAUUACAGAAGGUUGAAUGCCUCAAUCUAGAAGGUUCAAGAGUUAAGCAUCUUCCAAAGGAGCUAUCAGCCUUAAAAUUGCUUAAGGAGUUGAAGCAUUCAUACAGUGGACUAGAAAUUGACAAGCAUCAGCUGCAAGGCCUGUUUAACGGUUUAUCAUCUCUACAAAUACUACAUUUGAAGGAUUGUAGUCACUUGUUUGAAUUCCCUGACAACAUUGGUUCCUUAUCGAAAUUGCGCGAGUUAAGGCUAGACGGAAGCAAUGUGACCUGGUUGCCUGCAACCAUCAAGUGUCUUCAAGAGUUGGAAAUUUUGUCCCUAAAUAAUUGCAAGUUUCUUGAGACACUGCCAGAGCUUCCAUCCUCUAUCAAGGAGUUCUCUGCUGAUAACUGCAUCUCAUUGGAGUCUGUAUCAGCUCUAAACACUCUGGCAACAAAGAUGGUGGGAAAGACGAAACGCAUCUCCUUCAAUAAUAGCUUGAAAUUGUCGGCCGGACACACAUUGCAUUCGAUCAUGGAAAGCAUCCAUUCAACAAUGGUGAGUGCUGUAUCUAGCAAUGUCACGGUAAGAAGCUAUGCAAUCGAUGUCCAUAGCUACAACUACAAUAGUGUGGAGGUCUGUUUGCCAGGAGACACAAUCCCGGAGCAAUUUGCAUAUAAAACGGAGAAAUCCUCCUCCAUAACAAUUGAACUCCCUGAAUCUCCUUCCAAUUUUCUUGGCUUUAUCUAUUCAGUUGUUCUUUCACCGCGUCAUGGAAUGGAGAAGCACGGUGCCAAGAUCCGAUGCGAAUAUAACUUUGCAGGAGGCAAGAAUUCUUCGUGGGAGGACAUAACUAUAAGUGAAUUGAACUCGGAUCAUGUAUAUAUAUGGUAUGAUCCAUUCCUCACUGACAAAAUUCUUGGACAAUACGGGCCAAGUUUUCAUCUUGAGUUCAGUGUUGCAACUGACACAGGGGAAGUUGAUGACUCAAUUAUUAUUAAAGAGUGUGGUGUCCACAUCAUAAAUGAAUUAGAAUUGCAGAGAUUUUUACUGGAAUUAGAUAAGAAGAAAAAAGACAUGGAGGAGGAAUCAUCAGCGCAGCAUUUACACUUUCAUCCACAACAUGGAUCUCAAGAUCACAGCCAUGUCCAGACUCCACCUCAAGACAAGAAGAAAGAAAGAUUUGAUGAGAAGCAGAGCAAUGAGAUCGAAAACCAGAUAUCAAAGCAAAAAGGAGAAAUGAAUGAACAAUCAUCUUUUGAUCGGAAAAUCGUCAAUAAAAUUAGAAAAAAUAGUUGUAUAUCUGCCAUAGUUGUUUACCUUCUUAUAAUAUUAUUGAUCAAAGGCAAAGGAAAUGAAGAAACACCAACUGAACCUGAUGCUGCAUUGCCUCUAUGUAUUGAUUCAGUUAAAAACAAUGUGUUCCAGGACAUUUCAAAUGAAAAUUAUUAUGAUCUGCCAGAUAGUAUGGAAGAGGCCAAACAUUUGGAAGAAAAACUACAAGAAGUUCAUCAUAACGUCCAUGAUAUGACUGCUGAUGAACCAUACAAAGAAAAACAAGGGGAACCAAUGGAUCUUGAAACAUCUGAAUCUCAAGACCACACUAGCAAUGUAGAACAAACGAUUGAGCUUGCUCAACCCAUUAAUUCCUGCAUACCUCCACACGGCAGCUAUGGAACAUUAAGAACAACUGUUUUCCUCAAUGAGAAAGUCGUUUCUAAAUUAAUAAUAUUGUUUGGUAAAAUUUCAGGAAUAGAUUAUGAGAAGAGGGCUCCUAAGUUGACUGUGAAAGAACUCCGCCACAAGAAGGCAAAAGUUGAAGGCAACCCUGCAAGAGCAACUCAAGCUACAAAUUUAGCAAUGGAAACUUCGGAUUUUUCCCGUUCGAAUAUUAAAGGCAAAAGAAUAGAAGAUAUCCAUUUGAAUCAGGUUCCAGCUCAAAAUGCUUCUACUUCUAUUGCACAAACUCAUGAUAAAAUUACCAUUCCCUCCUUGGAUGAUCCUCAAGUUGCUCUGGAGUUGCUAAAACACUUCGAUGCAUCAGCGAAACGCCUCCAAAUAACAGAGUUUGUGGACAAUCAUGUUCUGCAUCCAUAUGAUCAUUCUAUAACAAAAGACCUUGAUUCGGCACUUUGUCGUUGGCUUCAAGUUCAAGGGCUUCGUUCAGUGAGCGUUGCGAGAUACGCAGAGAUGAAAUUCGAAGCGGCCAAACGGGAAAGAGAGGAAGAAUUAAGACUUGCAAGAGAAGAAAAUGCAAAGUUUGAAGAAGCAUUGAAAAGAAUGGAGGACAGGAUUUCACAUGUUGAAUCGUUGGAGAAAAGAGUUGAGGAUUUGAAUUCUGAGGUGGCUUCUUGGAGAAGUAAAUAUGAAGAAACUGAAAAGUCGCUCAAAGAAACCGAAAAGAAACUUGAAGAUGAGAAAGAUGUAGGAGCUCAGAAAGAAACUCGUUGGAAAAGAAGAGAGAGUGAGCUAAUUACGGAAGCGGCAACUUGCUCGUUUGAAAAUUGCAGAUCGCAGGUUUCCAUUUUAUACCCUGACAUUGAUUUAAGUAGGCUUGGACCUUUUAAGGAGAUUCAGAAUGGGCAGAUAGUAUCCCCCUCUGAUACGGAGGAGACUGAAAGUGAAGAAGACACUAGGGCCUUUGAUGAUGAUGCUCAUGGCGAUGCCGGUGUCUAG